CAAGGUCAUGGGUCCCUAGUAGGGUGGGUGGUGGGCGAGGUGCUGCGGCAAUGAUUAGGCGGGAGUCAGUCCCAGUCACUACGAGGCAAGCACCAUGGACGCAGCACCCGUGAACAACGUGAUCCUAUUGGCUGACAGCUAUAAGGUGGGGCACUACCAGAUGUACCCGCCUGGGACGACACGCAUCUACUCCUACUUCGAGUCCCGCGGCGGCAAGUUCCCCUACGUGUGCUUCUUCGGGCUGCAGUACAUCCUCAAGCGGUGGCUGACAGGGCCUGUGGUGACGAGAGAGGUCGUGGAGGAGGCGAAGGAGCUGUACAAGCAUGCCCUUCACACUGAUACCCUCUUCAACGAGGCGGGAUGGAACCAUAUCAUUGAGCACCACGGGGGUCACCUGCCUCUGCGCAUCAAGGCCGUGCCAGAGGGAACUGUCCUGCCCACCAAGAACGUGCUCUUCACUGUCGAGAACACUGACCCCGCUGUGCCGUGGCUCACCAGCUACUUCGAGACAAUAUUGGUGCAAGCGUGGUACCCGAUGACCGUGGCCACCAUCUCCAGAAUCAAUAAGCAGAUCAUCCACCACUACCACCAGCUCACUCACGAGGACACUAACAAGGUGGAGUUCUCGCUGCACGACUGUGGCUACCGCGGGGUAUCCUCCGUGGAGACAGCAGCCAUCGGGGCAGCAGCUAACAUGGUCAACUUCCAGUCGUCUGACACUGUGGCUGGGACGUGCAUGUUGAAGAAGUACUACCACGUGGACACUGUGGGGGGGUACUCAGGGGCCUUCGCGGAGCACUCUACCAUCACCACCUGGGGCAAGGAAACGGAGGCUGACGGACAUAGUCAAAUCCUUGACCUCUUUAAAGGAACCAUGGUGGGGUGCGUGGCGGACUCGUACGACGUGUGGGAGUGCUGCGACAAGAUCUUCGGACAGAAGCUGAAAGACAAAGUGGUGGAGCACGGCAAGAGUGGUGGGAUUCUGGCCAUCAGACCCGACAGCGGCGAGCCUUCUGUAGUGGUGCUGCGGUUGCUGGAGAUCUUGGGCAAACACUUCGGCGUGGAGAUGAACAGCAAGGGCUACAAGACGCUGCCCCCCUACCUGUGCGUGGUGCAGGGCGACGGCAUGAACUACAAGUCCAUGAGCGAAGUGCUGGCAGUGAUGGAAGAAAACGGAUGGUCGGCUGGCUGUGUGAGCUUCGGUGCGGGAGCGUCACUACUGCAGCGGAUGGACCGUGACACCCUGAAGUGCGCUUACAAGUGCAGCAUGGCGGUGAUCGGGGACAAGGAGGUGGAGGUGUUCAAGGCGCCUGUCACGGACCCCGGCAAGACGAGCAAGAAGGGCCGCCUCAGCCUGCACAAGGAGGACGGAAAGUACGUCACCUUGCAGCACGGAGAGGGAGACCCGGACACUGAUCUGCUGGUGCCAGUGUUUGAGAACGGGAAGCUGCUGCAGGACUACACCUUCCAGGAGAUCCGGCAGCGCGCACAACUCAGCGAGGAGGACCCAGACAUCAUGGCGUUCCUCAAGGCAUGCGAGUGAGGAAAAGAAAGAGAGAGAGAGAGAGAGAGAGAGAGAGAGAGAGAGAGAGAGAGAGAGAGAGAGAGAGAGAGAGAGAGAGAGAGAGCAAAAAUAUGUAAUCUACUUUUUUCUCUCUGUCUUUUUUCUUUUUCCAAAGACUGAUGAGCCUUUGUUCCGAAUAAAUUUCAUAAUAAUAAUAAUAAUAAUAAUGAUAAUAGUAAUAAUAAUAAUAAUAAUAAUAAUAAUAAUAAUAAUAAUAAUAAUAAUAAUAAUAAUAAUGAUAAUAAUAAUAAUUACUGGAAUAAUUUUAAAGAGAGAAAGAGAAAGUUACACCAUUAAUUUUUAUAUCUUGCAUGAGGCUAUUAAAAUUAUUAUCAUAGAAAAACCAUCUUAAGUGCCUGCACCCAUUACUAGAAUAAAGAAGCACUUUAUUUGUGUAAUGUUUUGACUGUAGUUCAAAUUUCCUCAGAGGUACCAUUUUUCUUUCCUUUUACUUCAUAAUAGAUGAAUAAAAUAAACAGCAGGACGA